AGGCGAAUGUGAAAAAUAAAACGUUUGAAAUUGCUGAGAAGAUGUGAUUUAUUGUGCAAUGACCAAGGUGUAUAGUUUGUUUCAGAUUUGUUUGUUUUGAAGUAACAAGGACGUUUAAUAUUUCAAUGAUGCUGCAACUUAAUAAUUGCAAAUGAUUUUGAUGAUAUCUUGGUGAAAAGUACGGAUGACAGAAGAUUGUUUGAUUGAAAAGAUCUACUUGCUAAAGAUUAAUAUUGUUACAGACCUGACAAAAUCAGCAUAAUGGCUGCAGUUAUGAAGGAGGAAUCAUCAGAUGAGGAUUUGUAUGGGGAUAUAGAUGACAUGUAUUUAAGUCAGUCAGAGACAGAGUCUACACAUAAAUCCGAGGACAUCCUCACACCAACUGUACAACAUACCUCACAAUCAGAUCAAAUGUCACAGGAGGAUCGUGGUAGUGAUGUAUGUGGCACUGAGGAUAAUAACAUGAAUGACCUUGACCUCUAUGAUGACCUCAUUGCAGAAGAAGAUCUCCAGAAAGUCAAUUCGUUUCAGGAGAUGAUGAAGAAAUUUGAAGAAGCAAUGAAAAUGAUACAACAGCUAGAAUCUGAGAACAAGACUUUACGAGAGUCACUGAAUAAACAGGAGACGUCCAGUAAAGACAUUCAGAGAAACUUCUCUAGCUUGUUAAUAACUGCGAAAGGAGAAAUCAACAGGAAAGAGAAAGAGUUGAAUACACUAAGAAAAAAGUUGACAGGCAAACAAAGAACACCAGGAAGAUUCAGAAAUCAAAGGGAGACAAAUACAGAAGGUUCCAGUAUUACUUCAAUAGAUUCUGACUUUGAUCCUCCAUGUGUAUCUAGUCCUGGAAGACUCAUAUUACAGAGGAAUGAUGAGAAAUCUCCUAAUAAAUAUCGGAAAGAGAAGGAAAGACAUUCUAGAAGUACGAGAGAUUCUUUUGACAGAAGUAGACAAAAUAAUGAAAGAAGUGACGAAGAUUUUGAUAGUAGGAAAAGAAGUAAAUCCAAGAAUAUGGAGAAAAUUAAUAAGGGUGAACGUAAGGGAAAUGAUAGUGAAAAAGAAGAAAUAAAUAAAAAAUCUUAUGAAGGCAGAAAACAUAGAAAAUAUGACCAAAUUGAAAGUUCAAAACGAUAUAGUGAACAUGAGAGCGAUGUAUCCAGUCCAGAUAAGAGUCAUAGAAAAGUUGAUCAAAAGUUGAAUGUUAAAAAUAGAGAAAGAAAUUCUAAAGAUGAAAUAAAAGCAAAAGAUAAUAGACAAAAGAAAGGUUAUGAUGACCUCUCAAGACAUGGCAGGGAAAAGGAGAAGAGUAAAGAUCACAUUCCCAUUGUUAAGAAUAAUAAGGGUAAAAAUGUUGAGGACAAUGUAAAUGACAAAAGUAGUGAGGGCAUUGGCUGUAGUGAAAAUGGUGAAAAUUCAGGGAUAAAAGAUUCAGGGAAUAAACCGAAAGUAUUAGAUCUCAGGGAGAAAUUAAGACUGAAAAGGUUAUCUGGUAAACAGACAACAGAUCUUGAAGAAACUGUGUCAGAGAUUCAUUCGUCAUCAGUUAGUUUGUCUGUAAGAAGUUCAGGAAAGAACAUAGACUCAUUUCCUGUAUCUGAUUCAAAUGAUCCAAGAACAUUAAAUAAUUGUAGGACUCUUUCAAAUUCUGUUUCAAAGGCCAGUGAAAUGGAACCAAGAAAACGGCAGAUGAAGAAAGGAAAUGAAAACUUAAAUGCAGAAAAAGAAUUUCUUGAACAAUUGAAAAUGUCUAUUAAAAAGAAUGAAAUAGCUUCAAGCAAAGUAAAAAGUAGCACACAUUUACAGCUGAAUGAAAAUAUUGAUAAAGACUUAAGGAAAGAAAACACUUCUAGGAGGAAAAUUAUAUCCUAUUCUGAUGCAAGUAAUGAAGUUUCUGAUAUGGAAAAUGUCCCUGAAACUAACAGUACAAUUCAAAGUGAAAAAUACUUCACAGCAUCAGAACUGUCUAAUCAUAAUUUAACAUGUGAAACACCAGUUAUGAGUGAACAAAAUGAAAUUUUAACUAAAGUUAAUUCCAUAGAUACCAUAGAUAAAGUCAGUGCUGUUGAAAUGGAUAAUAAGGAAAAUACAUAUAAUGAGGUAAAAGAUAAGGAGAUAUCUGAAGGAUUUAAUGAUAAAUACAUAUCAGACAGUUGUAUACCAGGAAGUGGUCUCAAUGAAAAUAAUGACAUUAUUACGACAGAGACUACUGGUAAAUGCGAAGGGAAAGAAACAACAGAACUUAUGGAGAUUAGUUCAAAAUGUGAUGAUUCUCAGGAUGACUUUGAACCAAUGGAAAUACAAUCUGAAAAAACUAGCCUUUCUAUUGAAAGUGCAAUACAUCAUAAUGUUUUAAAUGAUAAUAGUAAAAUAGAUUUAAGUCAAACAGAUUCAAAUUUUGAUAUUAAAGAAAGUGAACUUACAGAAAAUUCUGUAAAUUUUUCUCCUAAUCUGUCAAACUCUUCAAAAAAUGAAGAAACUCCUGGUUCUGCUAGGAGAAGGUCUGCAAGACUUUUGUCAAAAUCAGAAACCUCUGUAAACUGCAGUAAAACAAAUGCUAACAAUAUCUGUGUUGCUGAAGAAGUGAAAAAUUCUGAGAAAUCUGUUGAAACUGAAGCAGAAACGAAUUCAGAUGAAAAAAGUAAAGGUAGAAAUUUGCAAAGAUCAUGUUCCAAAACUGGAAGGAGGAAGCGAGUACGUAGAUGUGUUACAUCUGAAACUAUAUCAUGUAUAACAUCUGUUUCAGACUCUGAUAUCUUUAAUAGUAUAAGUGAUGAAACAGGGGACCUAAGUAUGAGCACUGAUGACACUGAAACUUCAGAGGAUACACAUAGAACUGAAAGUAGUAGCGAAUUACAAAACCUUGUGUGUACAGAUAAAAAUUAUAGUUCUGAAAGUAGUAGCAAAUUACAAAACCUUGUGUGUACAGACAAAAAUUGUACCAUCAAAAUGAGACACUUGCACCCAAAGUGUAAUAAUGGGAAUACAAAGUCACCAGAAUUUCAGAAGGAAACAUUGAUAAAGAGUGAUACAAAACCAACUGAAAGUUUAAUUAACAAGAAGCAAAACAAAACUGAUGAGAUGGAAACUGAUAAUAAAGAAAUGAAUGCAUUAACAGGUCGGAAUGAUAAUGAAAUAUUGAAUUAUCUUGAUGUAGAUUCAGAACUGGUAAACAUACAUGGAAAUAAAAGAAGUGAAGUUAGUGGAACAAUAGAAGUUACAGCAGAGGAAAGUGUUGAUGACAGUGAAAGUUCGUCUUCAAGUACUUCUGGGUCAAGUUCUUCUUCAUCAGACACUGGCUCAUCUUCAGGAAGUUCCGAUUCGGAAUCAGAAUUGUCUGACAGAAAUACUGAGUCACAUAAAGAUAAUAUCACUAAUAAAAAACCUUCAGCAGAAUUAAUUUAUAAUGCUGAAUUUGUCAAAGCAACAAAAAAUAGUGAAUCUAAGUUGACAGUUGACCAGGUUGAGAGCGUUCAAGUGGACUUGCAUGAAAUUAAUACAUUAGACAUUAAUUGUACCAUUAAUGAAAGGGAGGAUUCAAAAAAAGAUAAGACAUGUGAUGAAUUACAAACUAUUGCUAAUAAAUAUGGGCAGUCAAUAAUAGGUAUGAAUAAUGCAACAGAAGAUAAACUAGACAAAGCAAAGAAUGUAGAUGAUCAUGGAAUUGAGACUUUUUAUGGAAAUCAGCAGAAGGAAUUUGCUGAUAAUGUAUCAAGCAAUAAGGAUGCAGGGAACCUGCUGAAUGGCGAAAAAUUUCCAAAAACAGACAAUGCAAGCAAAAGUAAGGAAAAUAUAGAGAUAAGUAUCCAAAACAAUAUUUCUGUAUUUGAAAAUGUCACCAAUGUAAACAAUGAAAAUGGCAAACAAAAUAGGAAUCAUAUACAGUGUACUUUGAAAGAGAAAACAGGAAUCAAUAAUCCUCCAAAUUUAGCCUCAGAUUCUAUGGAAAGUGAUAACUGUGAACAAAUAAGAACUGAAAUAUCAGGUACAGAAGAAAAGACUAAGUUACAAGUUUUAGAGACUGUUAAAGGAAAGGAACAAAAUAGUAAUAAAGUUGAAGCAUCAGAAAACGAAUCUGAAGGAAGCUUUGGAUCCAAUAUAAUGUCUGAGAGGACUGAUUCACUGCAAUCUGGAGAUGAAUCAGAAUUUUCUGCUUCAGAUGAUUCAGGCAGUUCUUAUUCUGGUGACAGUACUUAUUCUUCCUCAGAUGAAAGUGGAACUGGUUCUUCUUGGGAAACUUACAGUUCAGAUUCUGAUUCUGAAGAAGUUACAAUAAAAGCAAAGAAAUCACCUUGUAAUAAGGAAAAACUCGUUACUCAAGAGCAUAAAAAUACACAGAAUAUUGAAGUGAAUUCUAGUAAAAAUAGGGAAAAUAUGGUUGAGAAAGAAGAAGUCAGUAAAGCAAAAACUGCUAAUACACUGAUGGAAACUGAAGAUAGUGGAGGUACUGAAUUAAUGACAAAAACUAACAUUGAGGAAGCUAAUGGUUUGAAUAAAGAAACUCCUACAUGUAAUGAUAUAGAAAUGAAAGCUGAUGAUGAAAUGGAAUUUCAACAAAGUGCCAGUAUUUCUGAAAAACCUAACAUUCAAACAGUGAAGUCACCAGAAAAAAUUCAAGUCACUAAGUGUGCAACAGGAAUAUCACCAGACAGAUCCCACAUGUUGCAAUGUUUGCUGAAUUGUGUACAAAAUGAAUUGAAAAGUAAUGCAAGUUACAGUGAAAAAGUUUUUAAUGAAGAAGAAACAGCUGUAUCAACUAUUUGCAAUAUCUCUAAAAUAAAUGAAGAAGUUACUUGUUCAGAACCUCUACCUAACAAUGUAGAAAUGGAAAAUGCAAGUAUUAAUUCGGAAAUUGAAUCUUACCCAAUAAUAAGCUCAAGUACUCAAGUUAAUGAAGAAGAAACAGCUGUAUCAACUAUUUGCAAUAUCUCUAAAAUAAAUGAAGAAGUUACUUGUUCAGAACCUCUACCUAACAAUGUAGAAAUGGAAAAUGCAAGUAUUAAUUCGGAAAUGGAAUCUUACCCAAUAAUAAGCUCAAGUACUGAUAAUACAAGUGUGUCCUGCAGUGAAGAAUUAAGAACUGCAAAACUGACAGAAGUCAUUUAUAAAGCACAAGUUUGUAAAACCAGUGAGAAAGAGCAGAUAACAAGGAAUGAAGAGAAAAUGAUAAUGGAUAAUGUAACUGAAGAAAAUGUGUGUGGUGCUGAUUUAUCAGGAUCUUCUGAUGAGUCUGAUUCUGGAGAUUCAAGUUCUGGAUUCACCCAUCCCACUGAUUGCUCUACAUGUACAUCUCAUUCUGGUUCUUCAUCAGAUAGUGAAACAGAAGGUGAUGAAGAAAUGAGAGAGGCAGGUAAAUGUGGAAAUGAAGUAACCAAUAUUGGUGUUAAUUGUGAGUCAAAUGAUGAUAAAGGUAUGACAAAAAGUUUAGAGAGUGUAAAAUCCAUGGAGAAGACAGUUUGUAUUAAUGAAGAUAUAGCUAGCUCUGAAAGUAGAAAUGAAACUCUAAAGGAUAUGGAAGUUAGAAAUGUGAUAGUGAAUGAAAGUAUAACUGGUGUAAAUGACAAAGCUGUUAGUGUAAUACCUUGUAAGAACAAUCCCUAUUGGAUUGCAGAUGAACUUCCUGAAUUUUUGCAGUCAAAUGCCUCGAUUGAAAUUUCAGAUGAAAACACAAGUAACAGAUAUAAGAAAAAGAUAUCAAAUUCAUCACCAGGAACUGAAUGUUCAAGACCAGUAACACCUGCAGUGAAAUUUGCAAAUCUAAGCCCUAGAAGUAAAGUACAAAAGACUGAACAAGUAACUGAAGUCAAAGAAGUUAAGAAAAACCUAGCAAUAGGUGUUAUCUCCUCUGUAGUACAAUUUAAUAAUGAGGGUUUAAAUAAUAAAUUAGAAAGUAGCAAGAAUUUAAAAACAAAACAUUCUAUGAAGCCUGAUCCUAAACUUGCUGAAGAAAAUACUUUAUUGCAAAGUACAGCAGAAACAGGUAAAUGUGUCACAACUUCAGAGCAGAUAAACAAUAGAUGUAAAUCAAAGGUGAAUAAUCUGUCAAAUAAGCCGAAAUCAGGUAUAUCUUGUAAGGCAAAAAAAAGUCCUUGUGGAACAAAGUCUCAAGUCUCACAAAAAGCAUCAAAACAUGCAGUUUCAAAAACCGCUGUAAAGUCACUUGAAAAAAGUUGCACAGCAAAGAAGAAGGGAAGUGAGAAAGUUACUGAAAGGAGAGGCAAUAAAGAGAAAAAUGUGACAUCUAAGGCACAUCAAAAUAAAAAUGAUAAAACAACACUUUCUACUAAUAAGAAAAUUGAACAAAAGGAAAAAGAAAUUGUUAAUCAACCAUUAAGAAGAAGUCCGAGGAAAAAGGCAUCUCAGUCAUCGGUUACUGAUACUAAAGAAUGUGAAACUAUUCAAACUUGCAAGAAGAGUAAUUUUACUGAGAAAACUUCUGGUUCUGUAAGCCCAAGAAAAGGAAUGAGUAAAAGCAAAACCAAUUUAAUGAAAACUGAUAACAAAAGCUUGGGUGAUAAAAGGAAAGUUGACACUAGUAAAUUAGAAAAUACUCUAGACAAAGUAAAAAGUAAAAACAUUGACGGUGAAGGACAUUCAUCAAAACAACAUUUGUUUUCAGUAGAAAAUGCAAUGACUGAUAAAGACAGCAAUAGUGGUAGUAGCAAAAAAGCAAAUGAAGAAGAUAUGAAACGUGAUAGAAAAAAGUCUGGUGUUUUGAAAGAAACUUCAGAACAUAGUUUGGUUGAGGAAAGUAUGAUGUCAGCAGAGAAUACCAUUUCAGUAGAUUCUAAGAGAGAUAGAAAGAAAGAAAAGGGCAGUUCUCAACAGCUGGCAAAAGAAAGGAAUGAAGCAAAGAGCCAUUUUCGUGACACUACUAGAGAGUUGUCUGAAAAAAUAAUGAAACUAAAAGUCGAGCAAAACAUGUUGAAAAAAGAACUUGCAGAAAAACAAAGAUUGGAAAAUGAUUCUUUGAAGUUGAAAUUAACAAUACCGAGAGCACAUGAUUCAAAAUCAAGAAAAGACACAAAGGAAAAUAUUAAAGGUAAGGCUCCUCUUCAAAGCUUGAGCAAGUCUGGUAAAACUCAGCCUCUAAAAGUUGCUAUGGCGACUAAUGGACAUGAAGAAACAAGAUGUAAAACUGGUACAUCAAAGACAGGAGCUAUGAAUAAGAAUGAAAAUUUGACAUUUGAGAAAAAGCUAGGUGAUCUUGAUGGAUAUUUAAGCAAGUCAAAAACAGUAAGUAAGUCAACAAAAAAGAAUGCUUCAGAUGCGUCAAUGUCUUUAACUGUACAAAAUGCAUCAUUUAAGACAUUUACAAUUCCAAAAAUGCUAGAUACAAGAAAAGGUGAAAGUAAGGAAGAGAAAAAGCCUGUCACAAAAAGUAAAAGUGAAUCAUCAGUUUCUCAGAAUAGAAGCAUUUAUUGUAGCAAUAGAAAAAAUAAUGCUGAAAGUAAAAUAAAUCACAGCAUGUUAAAUAAAAGAGAUGGCUUGAAAUUGGAUUCUAGCAAAAAAAGCAAAAUUCAAAGUAAACCUACCAAAAGAUUCCUGUCGAGUGAAUCUGAAUCCGACAUGUCAGACUCAGACAGUGAAAGAGAUACAGAUUCUAGUAAUACUGGGGAUAGUAAUGCUAUCCUAAGAGCUAUGUUUGGCAGCAGUGACUCCUCAGGGAAUAGCAAAAAGUCUAUAACACUUGCUGAUUUACGCAAGACAAGAAGUAGUGAAGACACUGAUGAUAUCGUCAAAGACUUUGCUUCAGAUGAGGCAAUAAAUCCUAAGGAAUGUGAUGUUAUAAAAAGUAAAAGUUUUGAACCAAUGUCUUGCAAGGAAAAGGAUGUUUCAAUGGAUAAAGCAACAAAUUUCAGAUCACAUCCUGCUGAAGAGCAAACAAAGAAGGUUACAGAGAAAAGUUUUCUAUCAAAUAAACCCUCUGCUGACAAAUAUUCUAAAGAAAGCAAAAGUAUCCAAUCAGCACACAAGCUCCCAGAAAGCAAAGAUAAGUUAAUAAAAGACAGUGGUAAAGUAGAGAUGGUAAAAAGAAAUAUUAAAGGCCAUGAAAAAGACAAGAUAAAAGCGUCUGAUAAAAUAAAUGCUUACAGUAAAGGUAAAGAGUUUGCCAAAAGCAGUGAUCGUGAAAAUAAUUCAAAUAAAAGUAGAAAUAGUGUCAAUAACAAAUUAGAUACAAAAUCUUGUCAGGGUCAGAAAGAAAACAGUGUGAAAAAGAAAUUUGGUAAUCAUGAAACCGAUAAAGAAAAGGAAAGGAAAACAGAAAAUGUGAGUGCUUCAAGCUCUGAAAUAACUUUGAGGAAGUCGCCUCGUAUUAAAGCAAGAACUCCUGUCAAAGACUCUACAUCUUCAAAUGAUAAUUCUAGAGUUGAAUUUGGUGCCAAGAAUUUGAGAUCAGAUAGAACACCAUCAAAAUCAGAAAAAAAUAAAUGUGGUAGUAACUCUGAAGUUCGAUAUUUUGAAUUAUCAGAUAAAAAUCCAAUUUUUAAUAAAAUUAUCAGUCCAAAGAAACCAAAACUUAAGCUUCAUGAUGAUGAGGGUGAAACACAUUGUAACAAGACAGAUGGUAAUAGCAAAGAAGUUAAAAAGCUUGAAAAGGUGAUUGAAAAUGAAUCAAAAGGGGUUCCAAUUUUAUUGUUGGAAGAUAACACAAUGGAUGGUAUUGAUUACCACGAUGAUGUUACACUAGAUACAGGUAGUGGAUGUCAACUUUCAAAUGAUAAUGCAAAUUAUGAAAAUGAUGGUGAUGAUGAAUCAAGUGAAAAUUCUGACACCAAUCUUAGUGUUGAAGAAGGAGAACUUAGUGAUUCAGAUGAAGACAAUAGUGAAGCAUUAGAAUGUACAAACCAGCCACUUAAAAUGUCUGCAGAAGUUACCCCCAAAAAACAGAAAAUGAUGUUAAAUACAGGUGCUUUAAGUAAAGGUAGAAUAAGUCCUGUUCGAUUUUUAUCUGGAGCUACAUCAUGUAUUGAUAGUGAGUCAUCAUGCAAGUGCAGUCAGAAGGAUUGUAUUCAUACCAGACUUGCUUUGAAUAUCAAUAAUCAACGUAAAAGGCACAAGAGUGACACAGAUUCAGCAAGUGAUUGCAGCAUGUCAAGACAGAAGCGUAAAAUUAGACCUGAUGAUUACUCUUCAGGUAGAAAUAGGACAAGAAAUAGAUCAGAUAACCAGCAUGCACAAAAAACUGAAAAGUUUACUAGAAAGUCACCUGUUCGGUCACACAGGAGAACAUCACCAAGACGUAGACCACCUUCAAGGUCUACCUCACCUUUAAGAGAAAAUCGUAAAAGAUCUCGAUCUCGCUCUCCAAGAAAGUCAAGAACAUUUAGGAGGGAAAAAGAAUCUGCAGUUUCUAGAUACAGAAAUGAGUCCGGUACAGAUUCACCAAGAUCUCAUAGAAGAUACAGAUCUGGCUCAAGAGAGAGGUCAGGAAGCCCUCAUAGAUAUCGCUCUAGAAGAAAAAGUCAGUCAUGUAGAGAUAAUGAUUCUGAAAAUACCAUAGAUGAUUUGGGAAAGAAAACUGAAAUGAAAAGACAUUAUUUAGAAAAGGGCACUGAAGACAGAUCUACAGACAAAUGUAGAGACAAUGAAAGAAAAGAAAAACAUUGUUCUGAUAACAGUAUUAAUGAAACAAGUGAUGAGGAAAGUGAAAGAUUUUCAAAACUUAGAUUUGAAAAAACUACUGAAAGGGUCAAAGGCAAGGAAUUUCCUGAAUCUCGACCAGAGAGUAGAAGAAUAAGGUAUAGGGAAGGAAGAAGCUCCAGAGAUGAAUCAGACUAUAGGAAAGGAAGACGUAGGUCAAGGUCAAUCUCACGCUCACCUCGUCGUGAUCGUAGAGGAAAAAGGUUAAGGUCUGAAUCAGAGUCAGAGGUUUCAGACAGAGUUGAUGUUAAAGAUAGGAAAAGUGUUCGUGAUAAACAUAAAGAUUCAGAUAGUCCAAGUUAUAAAAGAUCAAAACCAAGUAGAAGUGGGUUGGACAGGUGAUGUGAUUAUUUAGAAAUGUCCUUGAAGUGAUAAGAUGAUUAAUAGUAAUGCUAUUUUCAUUAAGCCUUCCUUUAGAGGGAAAAUAAAAUCCUGAUGUCAGUUUAAAUUUGCGCUUCAAGUUGUAUUGUGAGCUAUUGUUAACAGUGUCUGUCUCCUUAAUGAUGUAUGGCAGUCAUUUUUAUAACA